CAAUAUAUCAUACAUUCUUUUAUGAAACCGUUGGAAAUACUUUCAGCCGCAUUAAAAUACCAAAAAAGCUUUUCACGCAACCGAGCUUUUUCUCACCAGUGCCAGUCCGAACUUUUGGGCAGCCCCAAAAACGAAAGACUUGGGACACGAACUCGGCAAGUCAGUGGCUCGACGGAGCGCAAUCGAAUCGCACGUGUACGCGAACUUCGGGCGGUGAAAGCCAAGAUCGAUUGGUGGCCAAUCUCUUUGGAAUACCGCGCGUGCCCGCAGUUGUAAAAGAAGUGUGGUAAAACACAAAACUGAAUCAAUUUCUGCGCAGAGGCAGCCGGAAUUAUGCCUCGCCAGCUUUGCCGUCGUCUUGCUGUGCAUUGAAAUCGAAAUCGAGUCCAAUGACCAGCUCUCGAGCUGGUGCCCAAGCAAGAGUUUCGCACUUUGAGACAGUUGAGUCGCCGGUCAACGAGCAGGCCUUGACCCAAAGCCCAGAAGAGUUCAGAGAUUCCGCCAGAUACAACCCAGUUAUAUAACAGCACUUGCAACUGCAAUUGAAAUUAAAAGUAGCGUGAAUUUGCAAAACAUAAAAGCCGAAAAAGGAAAAGCAUGUGGUUACAGUGCGCGAGGAAACCAAUACGUGCAGACUUUUGGCUGCAGCUGCUCUGCGUGAGUUUUACACUCUUUCGCCUGGAAUUCGCCGCGGCCCAAAAUGCGGGAGUGGUGGCAGCUGCCGUGGCGGCUGGACAAAACCAAACGCAGGUCUAUGUGACGGAUUCUUGCCUGCAAAAGCCGUACCGCUGUCCUCAUCCGAAGAUCCAGUUCUAUCUGUACACGAGACGCACCCAGGAGCAGCCGGAGUUCAUAGAUGUCCUGGAUCCGAACGCCCUGUACUACACCCACUUCAAUCCACGCCAUCCCACCAAGAUCAUUAUCCAUGGCUUCGGGGGCGGCAGGACCCUGAGUCCCAGUCCGGAUCUGCGGGAGGCCUACUUCAGUGUGGGCGAGUACAACAUCAUCAUAGUGGACUACGCGGAUGCCGUUAAGGAACCCUGUCUGAGUCAGAUGGACUGGGCUCCCCGGUUCGGCAGCCUGUGCAUCUCCCAGCUGGUCAAAUACCUCGCCCGACAUCCUCGUGGCGUCCAGCCAGACGACCUGCACUUCAUUGGCUACAGUGUGGGUGCCCACAUCGCCGGCCUGGUGGCCAACUAUUUGAAGCCGGAGGAGGGCAAGCUGGGCAGGAUCACCGCCCUGGAUCCCACGAUAUUCUUCUAUGCCGGGGCCAACAACUCCAGGGAUCUGGAUACGACGGAUGCCCAUUUUGUGGAUGUCCUGCACACCGGAGCUGGAAUCCUGGGCCAGUGGCACUCCAGUGGUCAUGCGGACUUCUAUGUGAACGGAGGCACGCGGCAACCAGCUUGUGUGGGUUCGGCAACCUUGUUUCAAACGUUGGCUUGUGAUCACACAAAAGUCACGCCGUACUUUAUUGAAUCCAUCACGACAACUCGGGGAUUUUAUGCGGGUCCUUGUCCCAACUUGUUCUCCUACCUUAUUGGUUGGUGUGAGCCCAAGGACUCGGAGUAUGUCCUUAUGGGCGAACACUGCUCUCACAAAGCUCGAGGGAAUUAUUAUGUGACCACCAAUGCCAAGGCGCCGUUUGCUCGCGGAUUUCCGGGCAAAGGACGAUCGAAUGGGGAGUACCAGGGAGUACGGAGAUAAUGCAAAAUUGUAUAAUGAAUUUUUGGAAAAAUGCCUCGAUUAAUGCAUCUUCUACACCGUAGCACUCAUGUGAUUUUAGCUUGUUUCCUAAUCGAUACCUAUUUAUUUCAUAUUUUUGUUAUUAGUUCUAAAUGCAGCCAUUUUUUCGUUGGGACUUGUACAAAUAAAUAGUUAAGUUUUAUGCUGAAUAAAAAACUAACUUGUUUGGCAUAAUUUUAACAUGUUCGUUUUAUUGAAUUCCAAAUACAUUUCAUUAGGCUUAAUUUUGUUGUGGUUUAAUGACCUUCAUUAUGGUAUUCAUAUGGUAAUCUCAUGCAAGGACUUUAUAUCAUAACUUCUGGUAACGAAAUUCAAGUGUUAUUGGUGAAGACUGGCAGAUUUAUUCUGUUUUUAAAUUAUUAGGGGUUUAACUCUCCUUUAUUCGGUUAUGUUUUUUUUAAUAUUCGUUUUGGUUUCUUUAAUGAGCAUACACUGAAAUAUAUAAGUUUUAUUUAAAUUUGGUUUAACUACCAUACAAAUUAUACAACAAGGGCGGGUGUUGCCAGAAAAGGGAUCUCCGAUUGCGUUUAAUAUUCAUAAUUUUGAUUCAAUAUUUUAUAUCGUGUAUACAGAACUCUCAGUGAACACAAAAAAUAUUUUGUUACUAAUUAUAUACACGGUUUAAGUAUAGCGGUAAUAUCAUUCUACAUCUUUUAAAUAUUCAGAAGAUUCUGUGGAGGCGAUUCCGCAGCCCCUUUGUCAUUUGAUUAAUGAUUAGAAGAUAGUUAUGAUUUAUUUUAAUAGCAUAUAUCUGGUAUUGUGCGCCUAUAUUUCUGUAUGAAAGUUAAUGCAUAUCCUUCACGCCUUCAAUUCAUCUCCAUGCACAACAUAUAUGUUUGGCUAGUAGUUAAAAUACCCUAGAUGCGACCUGUUCUUCUGUGACUGAUUAUAGCCAAAACUGAUGGUUUAACACUAUUAAAGUUGCGCUCGUUUAGGUUUUAGUUAUGCUUCGGUUCGACUUGGCUUUAUGUACACUUAAAUUACUCACAAAAGCAUUUAAUGAUGGCAUUCAACUACGAGAUACGCUUUAUUUACAAACUGUUAUGUCAAGUGAUUUUCAUUACUUUUUUUUUUGUAUCUUAGCAAGCAAAAGUUUAACCGUGGCUUUCUGGUUAACAUAUUUAUGUUAUUAUUGUCCACACAGCCCCGAGAGCUUGAGUAUCUCUCAUCAACUAAAAAAGGGAAAUCAAAUCGAAAUCUCUAUUGUUAUGGCCUCCAGAUUAAAAGAGCCAUACUCAAUUGAAGAAUCGGUUUUAUAUACAGAAUGGAUGUUACACUAACCUAAUAUUACACAUACGCCCAGGUGGCCAACAUUUUUAAUUGCCUGCGCGAGCAUUCGUUUAAAAAUUUGAGCCUAAAAUCGAAUCAUAAUGGUAAGUAAAUAAAAAUGAUAGGUCAAUGGAAAUGUUUUAACUAUUAACUAGGCUUACUUCACUAGGUAUUGUCGCUUACACAAGCAGUAUUGUUGUCUUCAAUUGGAACUGUGAUCCAAGAACAUUUAAAAUUGUAAUAUAUAAUAGCUAUUUGUAAGAGGCUAUACGAGUAUCUGUGUGAUUAUUUAUUCGCUGCGCUGUACAAAUUACGGUAUUAGAAUUGACUCUUUUAGUUAGAAAAUGUUCACGUUUUUAAUACAUAGUGAUUUAAAUGUGAAUAAUUUAAAUUACCUUUAUAUAGCUAUUUAUAAUAUUGGUGGCUAGCUUAAUACGAUCGGGUAAUAUACAGACGACUAGAAAUAAUUUGUGUAAAUUUGCAUAUUCAAUGGUACAGUGCGAAAGUAAGUGCGUCUAAAUAUGUAUUUGCGGCAGUAAUUGAAAACCCAACUAAACACUAAUUAAAAUGUAACAACUUUAAAUUAACAAGUGGUGCUUUGAACUAAUGAACAACGAAAUAAUUAACAGUGCAUUUUGUAAGUUAAAUUGGUGCUUUGAAAUCAAAGUUGUGCAUAAUAACGUUAACGAAAAAGUUUAAGUUACGUUAAAUAAUUUAUUUACACUCUACUAGAUAUUUCGAAAUUGGUUAAAUUUAUUACUUUAGAGAGAUUUAAUACUUCUUAUACAGUAAUCAUUUUACUUGUACUUAGGCUUACAAAAUUAUGAAUGUUUAUAAGAAGAAGUAAAUAAAAAUCGAAGUAAGCAGAUUGCUUCAAAAUGAACUGAUUGCGUCGUUAGUAUAAAUUAAUUUGUAGAAUAGUAUUUAGAAGUAACCUAACCCUCUGAAAACAUUUAUUUUAAGUAUUCCUUUAGCUUAAUAUUAUUUAAAUGUAGUGAGCAUAUGAAGACCAAGUCUGAGGUUAUAUGCGCCUACGGCUAUCUACUUAAGUAUUAUUUUUAGUACCUACAUCAUGCCUUGCUCAUGUUAGUUAAACACAAAAGCAUACGGUGCAUUAAUAUCAAUGAAUUAAAUAAUAUCAACAAACAUAAACAGUAAUUAGUUAACAGAGUAUUCUUAUGACUUUUGAUUAGCUAGUUCUUUUAUGGUUAUCAUUCGUGCCGAACAUCAACAAUUGCUUGGGUUUGAUUAAAAUGUUCUCUUUACACAGAAGAUAAUAUCAUCAACGGUAAUAAAACUUGCAGUUCGCAGUUCAACAACAAUCUUUGGCUAUAUAUGUAUAUACGAUUAUACCGAUAUAAAUAUAAUUAUCAUAGGCUUUGUGUGGAUUAUGUGAUUUAUGAUAUACACAAGUGUUGAGUAUAUAUUUCCAGUUCUUUCCCUAUCUUGUGUUGCAGUUUCGAUUUCGGAGCUUGUAAAUAGAAAUUCGCGUAAGCGAGACCCUAAUAGUAUAUACUAUGUAUGCUUUAUAGAUCGAUUAGGCCAGUUUGGGUCUAUGUGGGCUAAUGGUAUUGGUAGUGGUUAUCGGUAUUGCUGUGUAUGCAUAUGUAGUUUCUCUGUUAGGUACAUAGUUUCAUUGUGUUAGUGUGGCAUGUGGAAUCCCCUUAUUCGCUGACAAAUUCGUUACUCUUUAGUUAUAUAUUUAUAUGCUUCUGGAAAGUCCUGGGAUCCCUCCAUCGCUGGAACUCAACAAAUAGAGAGAGAAUGGGGGAAAACUUUAACGGCACACCGAGAACAAACAAUAAACGUCAAACGAUUUCCGACUACAACUAAAAGCUAUGAUAUAUAUCAGUGACCUAUGGCGAACCCAUUACUGCUGCUGGUAUCCCUGCGGAUCGUAGGACGGCAUUUGUCCUUGCGUGUAGCCAUACUGCCCAGGAUUGGUAACAUCCCCGUAGGUCGGUGGGGCAUCCUCCUCCGCAAUGGGCGGAGCACCACUGGCCACGGCGAAGGGGUUGUUGGCCACGUGACCUGUGGCACCGUAGCUAAUAGCAUUCGACUGCUGCAUUUGGCUCUGCUCAGUGUACUCCGGGGCACC